AUGCCCGAUUAUGAGAACUCUGAACAUAAUACUGCCACCAUAGCUUUUGACGGGUCCCCAAGGUUAUGAGCGUUUCUACGCCCCUCUGUAGAGCAUGUCGCCGCCUUGCUCUUCGCCGCGCGCCCUCGACUGCGGUUGUGGCCGUACAUAUCCCCCGCUUCAGACCAUUCAGCAACAACAGCAACGAAACCACUGCUACGGAACCUACGAGCGCGAUCGAAGAUGUCUCAACGCUGGCAGACAAACUAGAAGGCUCGGAGAUCGGGUCUAGCCGGUUACCAUGGCACGGCAAGGCCUCACCAUCACGCCUUCCAAACACCGGGGACCUACUUGAGUCGCUUUUCGAGGAAAGCAUUGCACCUCCCGAAACAUUACCAAAACUGCCACCCCGAAGCGCCUCCAUUUUAGAGUCAUAUAAACAUGUGGCCGCACUCAAAGGAAUGAUGGCAGGUGGUAAUUGUGCGGCAGAUUCCUGGAAUUUCUUCGUACAGAACUUUGGCAAAUAUGAUUCAGCCAGUGGGCAGCUGUUUUUUCUGCCGAUAAACUUGCACUCAUUAGCGUUAAAUCUGUUAAAACAAGUAAUGAGUGCAAAAAAGCAAGAUCCGCGAUCGCAGGAACUUCCAACUGUUACCGAGAUUUCAAGGCUAUACCUCCAAUUGGGUGUACUUCGAGGUGACGCUUGGACAAGGAUGAUAUUGUACUUGAUCCGAAAUAUAUUGGAUACAAGAAAGGCAGGCAAUGACGACAAGGAGGAAGAAAAGAGACUCUUGCGAGAUCUUUUGGGGGCAUGGAACGUGGGGUGCAGACAACGAAACUCCCUCUCAAUUGAUUCUUUCGUCACCUGGUCGAAUCUUCCUCCCACUACAACGAAGCACAUCAUAGAGACCAAACGAAGGCGCGGGCCUCUGGCCUGUUAUAGCCUUCUCACGCCUGUCUUUCGAAGUGCCCAUCUUUCCCAAAUACCUGUCAUCACCGUUGCGACGCUGGCCCUCCUUACAGAUAAUUGCCCACUUGAUCCAGAGUUACUUUCGGAUGCUGCUCCUUUCUUGAAGCUGCUGAACAACAAUGUUGCUGUGAUUGGGUGGGAUUUUGCUAGUACCAAAGUAGAUUUUGACUCGGAUUUGCAGGUUGUCACUGAAUAUGCUCUUCAGAAACUGCCUGAAUUGGGGGAAAAGAUAGAAGCUUCAUAUCAUACAGCGCCGGCUAAACGACACAGCCCCGUUGCUCGUGUUCGAAAUGAUUAUUUUAUGAAGAGCAUCAAGAAUGCUGCUAGGGCACAAGAUUAUGCUCGACUGGAUCAGUUAUGGCAGGAUGCUAUUCAGUUUCCGCUAUCUCGAGAAACUCCCACAGCGGAAACGCCCAUUAAGCGCCCAAUUGACUUUGAAACCUUUAAUUCUGAAUUAUGCGACUACUUCAUUCUUGUUUACAUGAAACUUCGCAGGCCAGACCGUGCCAUAGAUGUAUGGAAUCACAUGGUCAAAACUGGCAUCACACCUACAACUGCCACUUGGUCUGCAAUGAUUAAUGGUUGCAGGAUUUCGCGAGAUGCAAUAGCGCUUGAAGCGAUUUGGAGAAGGAUGGAACUCUCCGGGACGAAACCUGAUCUUGCCUGCUGGAACGCACGCGUCAGUGGUCUGAUUGAUUGUGGAAGAGCAGAUGCUGGACUAAGUGCUUUGGACGAGAUGGGUAGAAGGUGGAUUAUAUCCACCAAAAAGAGGGAGGGUAGUGCUAAACUACCGCAAAGUCCUCCAGAAGACUCUACUUCAGACGUGCCCAAACCCAGCGUGGAAACACUGAAUCUUGCUAUCGCUGGUUUACUACGCAAGGGAAAGCAUGAAUAUGCACAGCGCGUUCUUGGCUGGGCUGGAAGACUCGGUAUCAAGCCGGAUAUCGUCACUUACAACACACUUCUUCGCCCUCUAAUCAGACAAGGUCAGACAGAGAAAGCAAGAGCGCUGCUAGAUCAGAUGCAGCGAGAUGGCUUCCAAGCCGAUGCGGUGACUUUCACUACAAUCAUGGAUGAAGUCCUUGGUUCUUGCGACCCAAACAAUCCCGAAGAACAGAUGGAAACAAUCGAUACGCUGUUCUCACAAAUGGCAGCAGUAGGGAUCAAAGCAAGCUUGCAUACUUAUGGCAAACUGGUUUACCACUUGCUCCAUAUUUCAGAACGAGGCUCCAAACAAUGCCUGGUCACAGUUAAUGCAGUACUGGAAAGAAUGACUAAGGAAGGUCUACGGCCUUCUGCACAUAUCUACACAAUGAUGGUAGAAUACUAUUUCGCGCAACAACCACCAAAUCUCGACGCUGUUAAAACCCUGCUCGAGCGAGUGAAGCUUGAAAUAGGAUCUUCUGAUCAGAUUUUCUGGGACCGUGUUAUUGAGGGCUAUGCCAGGACCGGUGAGACGGCGGCGGCGAUGAGAGUACUGGGCAAGAUUAACAGCCGAGAUAAUGCUGUGGGUUGGUACACGCUGAGAACGCUACUAGCGGCUCUUGUUGAUGAUGAACAAUGGGAGCUCGCCAGAACGUUGGUAAGGAAUACGAAAGCUGAUUAUGGGGGCCCAUUGGAUGCUGAUGAGCGUGGCAAGGAAGGGCAGCACCAUUUCUGGGAGCUAGCUCUUCAGCUACAACUCGUGGAAGGUGAUUGA